AUGCGGUCCGAGGUCAUGCACUCGGCGGACGUGAUAGACAAGCUUGAUCGCAAGCUCGGCGGCCUGCGGCCCUUUCACCGCCUCGCCUACGACAAGUACCGCAGCCACGGGCUCUUCCUGCCCUACGGGGCCCUGGACGCGGAGCACAACGCGCCCAACAAGACGCUCCUGACACCGGGGCGCGGCUGGAUGCUGGGGGACGGGCAGGACCCGCUGGAUGCAUGGCAGCUCGAGGAGGUGCUUGAGGAGGGUCGCCGCCGCGGGCUGCCGCCCAACGACCUGUAUGGGGCCGCCUACGCUCUGGUCAUUAGAGAGCUACAGGAGUGUGCGCGGCGGCUCAGCGGCCGCGCGCUGCAGGCGCGGCGGGCUGCAGGCUCGUUCCUGCUGACCUGUGAAGACGCCGUCCACCUAGCACCCAGGCUGGCCCGCAGCGGGGCGCUGUUUGACGUAAUCGACGUGUCGAACAUCACGGACAAGAACUACGUGGGCGUCGAGCCGGUGCUGCGUGCCUUUGGACCGCUGCUCAAGCCGCCGGCCUCCAGCCCCCAGGCCACGCUGCUGACCACCUUCAUGAACUGGACCCGGUUCUUAAACCCCGACAAAUUCGUCGCCGACGGCCUCACGCGGCAGGAGCAGAAGGAGCUGAUCACGCGGUACGCAAAGCGCGCAGAGCGCCGCUACGGACGGGACGCCGCAAUGGCCGGCUCUCUCGACGAGAUCACCCAGGGUCGCCUUGGCGCGGCGCUGCCGCUCAUGUUUGACUACUCUGACCGCCUCCAGGCGUACCUGCGGUCAGAAGGCGCCUUCCAGGCAGCUUCUGCAGCGGGCCUCGCGCAGCGCAGCACGAACCUGCUUGUGCCCCCGCGCAUUGGUGUGCCGCCGGGCGCGUCGUCCCACGGCGCGCUGCCCGCCGGCGGCGACCCCACCAGCGAAAAGGCGUACUGGCUGGAUCGUGUCGCGUCGCACACGCUGACCGAGACGUUUGUCGAGUGGCGGCGCGACCGCGGCGCCGGCGCGGCGGCCGCAGAGGGCAGGCGGCGGGCUGGUGCGGGCGCGGGCGGCGCGUUGGGCGCGUCGACCUCGGCGGGGGCGGCGGGAGCGGCGGGGGCGUCUGGGCCUGACGCAUCGUGGCUGCCUGGGCCCGGAAGAGUGGCGCGCAAGGGCCCGCACGGCGGCGGCGGUGGGGGCGGUGGCAAGGGGAAGGGCAAGGGGAAGGGCGGCAAGAAGAAGCGCUGA